AUGAGCUCGCAGCAAUCUGCACGCUCAACUCACACGCCAUUUUCGAAUAUCUCGCCUUUCGGCGGCAAGCAUCGCACUUCAACAUACCACGAGUCGGUUCGUGAUGUUGACGUCUACGCGUCGCCACAACAGUAUUAUGGCAUAUCGCACGCCCCUAGAAAGGUUGCGAAGAGUCGUACCAUGUCUGCUGUUGACCCUAGCCGAAACCCGAUGAAUGUGCCAUUUCAGCCGACAGGAAGACGAGCGAGCCAAGAUGCUAGAGGCGUCAAUCAUCUACAGUAUCUCGUUGAUGUCAAAGAAACCUUGAAAGCCCUCCUUGCGCAAGAAGAUACAGAUCAGAAUGUACAGAUCACGAUAGAGGACCAUGGCCCCAAAACUAUUCAGCUCCGGACAGCAAAUUCGGGUGGAUACAAACAUUCCGAUAUUCGUGGCACAUACAUGCUCAGUAACCUCCUCCAAGAGCUCACGCUCGCCGAUUUCUACGGUCGCAAGCAGAUCGUUCUUGACGAAGCACGCCUGAAUGAGAAUCCAGUCAGCCGCAUGUCUCGCCUGAUCAGAGACCAAUUUUGGCCUAACCUCACUCGACGUAUCGAUGGCAGUAACGUUCUGCAGGUCGCCUUCGAUCCAAAAGAUUGGACUGCUGAUCCACGACCGCGCAUCUAUAUUCCCAAAGGUGCUCCUGAGUAUUUUCAAUACUACACCCGUAUCGCCAGAGAACAGCCAGCUGCUCGUUUGGACGUCCGCUGGCUUAACGAAUGUGCAGCCGAUGAGUCUGCAGAAGCAGAUGACUACGUUCGUGACUUAAAUGACGCACCUGGUCUCCUCGCGAUCGCUAUGGAACGCGUCGCCGACACGCCCAAAGGCGAGCCCGACUUUCGAGGGCUACCUUUCGUGGUCCCAGGAGGUCGUUUCAAUGAGCUCUACGGGUGGGACAGCUAUAUGGCUACACUAGGUCUUCUCAUCAAUGGACGUGAAGAUCUUUGCGAGGCCAUGGUGAAGAAUUUCUGUUUCAGCAUCCGUCACUACGGAAAGAUCCUCAACGCAAAUCGUACAUACUACCUUCGUCGAUCUCAGCCACCUUUUCUGACAGACAUGUCUUUGAGAGUCUACGAUCGAAUCAGACACAAGUCAAACAGUCUAGACUUUCUCCGUCAAGCAAUCCUUGCCUCUAUCAAGGACUACUACAAUACUUGGAUGUCUGCACCUCGUUUCGACCCGAUCUCAGGACUCUCGCGAUAUCAUCCUGGUGGACGAGGAGUCCCACCAGAGACCGAGGCCACUCAUUUCCUCCACACUCUCCAACCGUACGCCGACAAGUACGGUCUCAGCUUUACACAAUUUGUGCACAGCUACAACCGAGGUCAUAUUGAUGGCCUGAAACCUGAGAUGGAGAAGCAAUGGGAGGCUGAUCAAGCUGAACUGAACGAAUAUUUCCGUCACGAUCGUGCUGUACGAGAGUCCGGACAUGACACAUCAUACCGUUUGGAACGCGUCGCCGCUAAUCUCGCCACUGUUGAUCUCAACUCUUGUUUGUACAAAUACGAGAUUGACAUCGGCCGCACAAUCAGCGCGUUCUUUGGCGACAAACUCGAAAUCCCUGCCGAGUGGCAUGUCAAAGGGAAACCCACCAUCGAGACUUCUUCAACGUGGGACCGUCGUGCCAAGCGUCGUCGCCAGACGAUGGAGAAACUCAUGUGGGACCCUGAAGAAGGCAUGUUCUUCGACUACGACGUCAUCCGUAAGCGGCAGACGGGAUAUGAAAGCGCGACAACUUUCUGGGCCAUGUGGGCAGGUGCUUGCACGCCCCAUCAAGCUGCCAUUAUGGUCGAGCGGGCUCUUCCCAAAUUCGAAGUCUUCGGUGGUCUCGUUAGUGGGACGGAGAGAAGCCGUGGUAAGAUUGACAAACACCGGCCGAAUCGUCAGUGGGAUUAUCCUUUCGGAUGGGCUCCUCAGCAGAUUCUCGCGUGGACAGGCCUGUUGCGAUUUGGAUUUGAAGAGGAAGCACAACGCUUGGCUUAUCGCUGGAUCUACAUGUGCACGAAGGCCUUCGUCGACUUCAACGGAGUUGUUGUCGAGAAAUACGACGUCACGCAAAAGGUGCAUCCACACAAAGUCGAGGCAGAAUAUGGCAAUCAAGGAGGUGACUUCAAGGGAGCUGCGACUGAAGGAUUCGGCUGGGUCAAUGCUUCCUACGUGUACGGCUUACAGAUCGUUAACGCCCAUAUGAAGCGUGCUCUAGGCGCUGUGACGAGCUGGGAGACAUUUCAGAAGAUGACGGAGAGCGCCUCUCUGACUGAUGAACACAGCUUGGCCGCAGCUCACUUGGCGAACUCAUCGAUACCUUCCACGACCGCCAGUCAUUUCAACAUCGGGCCCGUACCGCAUCAUCAUCCAGGUCCCGAGGAACGUCACUCCAGGCCGCACAGCCACUCGGACACUUAUGCCCAUCCGCAUCUUGAUGCGCAUAAGUAG